AUGACUCGGGGAAAGCAGAAGAUUGAAGCGCAAAAACGAAAUGCGGAGAAGAAUCAGAAGCAAAAAGGGUCUCAAUUUGAGGCCAGAGCCGUUGCUCUCAAAAUCACUUGUCCUAUUUGCAAGGUCUAUACCGCUCCUACCUACCUACCUAUCAUAUCAUUUGCACCUUGGGACAUUUAUAGGUUUUGGAUAGGUUUGUUCAUUGUUGUGAUUGGGUUGGAUGGUGACUGGGUUGAGGCGGUGAGUGGUGGUGACGGGUGUAGCAGAUAUGAUGCUUGGUUUUUGGUUUUAAUGGGACAAUAG